CACACACACACACACACACACACAUGGAUUACUACUACAAUGGGUACAGCAACAACAACAACAGCAAAUUCUACUAUGUGAAGAAGCUAACACAAAUUAUAAUCUCACUCUCCCUAUUUUCUUUCUUAAUCUCUCAAUCUUCAUUGGCUAUGAUCCUUAUUAAUUACUAUAAUAAUUACUUUGUCCCAAUAAAAAUAUUCACCUACACAACCGAAAGAAACUGCAUUUUCCUUCUCUGCAAUGGGAUUCUUGUUCUCAUCAUCCAAACUUCCGGCCUCGUCACCAAGGUUACGCCUCUCGACCAAUCGGGCCCGAAGGGUACGACAACUAGAAUCGACGAUCGUCUUGAUCACGAGACGAUCGAAAUUCGGCUCGACGAGUUUCAAGAAAAUAAGGCGAAGAAUGUAGGAAUCAUCAAUGUUGUUGAAGAAAACGAGACGGAAAUAAUUAUUGGCAACAAAGAAGAUUAUGAGAGUUGUGGGAUUAAUAAUCAAGAAUCGGAGUUUGAAGAUGACGACGAUGAACACGAAGAAGAAGACGACGACGAUGACGAGGGCGUUGAUGAAUUGAAUAAGAAAUGUGAAGAUUUUAUCAAGAAAAUGAAACAAGAAAUACAGGGCACACCAAAAUGAUGAUCAAUAAGUUAUUUUGUUGUUUUUUACAACAGUAAUUCUAAGUUCUAACGUUGUCUUAUGUUGAUUUCUAGCAAUAGUUUCACCAUUAUAUUUUUAUUUCAACCUUUGUUGUUUUGUAUAUAUUUUUGGAGUUUUAGUAAUUAAUUAGUAAUUGUUUGUUGUAGAUUAUUGUUUCUUGGUCAUAAUUAAGCACUUCAUAAUAAUUAUUGAUUAUUGGGGGU